AUGGUCCUCUAUAAAGGGCCUGCCUAUCGAUCACAGGCAGAGGAUACAGAAACCGCCAGCAAAGACAUCUACGUGCUGCCUCGCGAUGCAGGCGAGUCAGAGCGGCUGCAGGCUCAGCACGACCAUCUCAGGCGAUCGCUCGGUGGGCUCCUCGUUCAUCCCUCGAUUGACCUCAACAAUGCCCGCAUCAUAUUGGAUUGCUGCACGGGCACUGGAGCAUGGUUGAAGGAUGCGCGCCUCUCUGCACGUCCGGACACUAUCCUGGAGGCCUGUGAUAUUACUUUGGAACAGUAUCACCGCGGUACCGCGAAGGCCGACGAUGUCUUCGUACAGAACAUCCUCCACCGGUUCCCCGGAGAGAAACGGGGUAGGUAUGACCUCAUACACCAGAGGUAUCUGACCGGAGGCAUAUCGCGCGAAGAAUGGCCUAAAGCCAUCUCCAACGUAGUGGAGGCUUUGAGACCAGGAGGCUGCUUCAAUAUCACGGAACCGAAUUUACAGACCUCACCUCCAAGCUCCGCUGAUCCCGAAGCCAUUGCAAACUGGAAAGUCCAAUUGAAGAGGAUUUCAUGGGAAAGGAAUAACCUCAUUCAACAAUGCGCAAAUGAGAUCCCGGCUCUGAUGCGAGACGCCGGCUUAAUCAACGUACAGACCAUCCGCCUGCGCGUUCCCUACGGCGCCACUUGUCGAGCUCUCGGGAUGACAGAGAACCAGGUGGAAAGCAGUAUUCGUCUCCACAUGUCCCCAUCUUUCGACGAGGUGCUGAAGAAACUCUGGAUUGCAUCCGGGAAGGGGACGGCUGAAGAAUUUGAUCAGAAUCAAGUCAUCUACGAGGAAUUCCUCCGGGAAAAGGGGAUCUGGAUGGACGUGAGCUUUGUCGUCGGCCUCAGUACACAAGCAUCACCGAAAAUGCCCCCGAAGCUCAAAAAUCCGCCUGCCUCGGCGUUCUCUGAACCCUCUGAGCCGUCCGUGCACAAACCUGAGGAAAACCCGAAAGAACAGUUGACGAAGCCGCAAGAAGAGAAUCCGCAGGUGAUCGCGCAGAAGCCCGGUGACUCUGAGAAUAAAGGAACGAGAGCGGAGCCGCCGCAGAAGUCGAAGCUCUGA